AUGGAUCGAAAGGGGCAAAGGCCGCCUCUAAUGGACAAUUUCGCUUUGGCGACGAACAGGACGGCGAGUGAAGAUGACAACGAAUGGCGAGUGAAGAUCGACAGAGGCCGGUACAUCCCGUUUCGUGACGGCGGUGCGAUGCUCUGCUGCUCACACCGUGGCUCGCUCUGUCCAGCUGGUUGCUCGUCGGAUGCGCCGGUUGCCCCUGCGUGCUUAUGCCCGAAAAAUGCUUGUGUUCUCUUGAACCAUCAAACACUCUCUGUCUCCAAUCUUUGUUGGUCGCUAAUCGUGCACCAGCAGGCAAACAGCCACAUACCUGCCAGCACUCUCGCGUGCAGAAGUUGGAAUGCAACAAAGAGAAAGAGUAUAGAGGUGAAUAAAGGUGGGUCUAAUUGA